AGCCUAGAAUUUGAUUCUCUUCUUCAUUCUAAACAAAUAACGUUGCAAGGCACGGUGUGUCUGACCGCGCCUUGUCUGACUCCCGCGCCUCUCAACGCUAACUUCGUAAGCGGCAGGGCAGGACCGGUCCUGGAUCCCUCACCUCAACCCCUCUUGCUGUUCGUUGGGAGCUCCAUUCCGUCCUGUGCGUGACGGGAGGACUGAUGAUCUCGAGGUGGUGAGCUGGAAAUAGCAGAGAGAACAGAGAGUCCAGUUCAUACAAAUGUGGGCAAAUUCUGAGUUCCGCGAUGUGAAUCACUCGCUCCUCCUCUUGCGCCGCUUUUUUCUUAUCCUUGCCUCGUCUGCCAUUCGGGGCUCAACCCAGACCGGCAGCCCAGGCCCGGGCGGGCCUCCCCUCCCCUGCAUUCCCCUUCCCUUCCCUUUAUUUCGGUUCCUGUAAGAGGAAAAGUAUGCAAUGAGUGAAUGAUUACAACCACCGCAGCGAUAGUGAGAAAUAGACACUCUAUGCAUGAGCUGCCGCUUGCUUCGUUGCUUGUUCGGUUCUGUCACCUUCUUCUUCCAUCUUCCUUGCCACACUGCCUCGGGCGGGGCGGGCUGGCACUGCUAGUGCUCAGCUUCGGACAAGUUGUCGUUGGAGUUGCGUGACGAGGAGGGCGCUGGGAGGAAGAUCACGCGAGGAACGGAAAAGAGUGUCUGACUGGAGCGGAGGAGUGGGGAGGAGGGAAGGGUUGGGGAAGGGAAGGGAAGGGAUGGGAUGAGAGGAGAGUUGAGUUGUCGAUGAGCAAGCGCAAGGGAGCAGGAGGAGGAGGAAGAGGAGGAAUACCUAGUGAAGUGUUUGUAUAUCCGUGGUUGGAGCGGGAAGGAGAAGAAGAGAAGAAACGAGAAGGAAGGAAGGAAGGGUGGGAAUGAUCGAUGGGAUUAUGAAUGCCCGGUCACCUUCCGAUGAGGGAGAUUCGGUAGGCAGUGUCGCCAGCUGGCCAGAAUGAAAGAAGGGGAAUUAGACGAUAUGAUAUGGUGGAGUUUGUUUCGCUGGGCAGAAAGUAUUCUCGGAGUGUCGGAGGUAAUGACGGAGUGCUUGUGAUCGUCUAGUUUCUGGGCACAUCAGCAUCAGCCAGACGAAGGCCGGGAGAGAGUUGGCAUGUGUUUGGACCUGGAAAUUCACGCCUCCGGUUUGUGCGUGUUACGUUGCCCACGUUGAGUUGAGUGUGUUUGGUCGGAAAAUUCAAGACAGUUUGAUUCUCGGUCGCAGGAAGGAAGGAGAUGGAGUGAGGCCUGGAGCUUAGUAUACAGUCUUGGAAGAGAGAAGAUGAUGACGUCGUUAUGCCCUCUUGUUUGUUGGGCGUGGGAGUAGUCAAGCUGCAUCGCAACCUCGGCUUUGCUCGUUGCGAUUGGAAGUGUGUCAUGGCCGUCAUCCGUCGUCACAGCUCGAGCUUGCACCGAGAGUGAUUGAUUCCACCGAAUUUCAAGCCCGUUUUUUGGUCACACUAUCACUCAAUUCACUUUACCUUUGGGCGAUCAUCUUUUAAGGACGCGAAGAAAGAUCGCAGGACUCCGACAGAAUUACGUGGAGAAGUUGUCAGGGAUCAAACUUGAAUUGCGAAACGCUAAUCUGAUGUGACCAAAUCAACGCAUUUGUGAUUUGAUGCGUUUGAUUCAAUUCCGGACACGAUGGGGAUGGUAGUCCCCGUUGGCACAGUUUGAAACAUCAAGAGCACGGUAAUUUUGGAGAUCAGCAUGUCAAGAUUCAAUGGCCCAGCUGCCAUGGAAUUGUGUCAACAACACUCCGGAGGUUCCAUAUCUUCUAUAUCUUAUGGUUCCCAGGGCGCUCUCGGUGGCUACGUCGACCUUGAUGGCGCGAACUCAAUUCCGAGUCCAUCCUCUGGUGGUCUUGGAAACCUGAACACCUCGUUGGCCUCGAACAUCACCGCUGACUUUGGUGGCUCGUUUCUUGAAUCAUCCUCGCAGAACUCCUUAAACCGCGCUUUGGGAUCUGCCACUGUUAUACCUUUUUCGCAAUCACAAACGCAAUCACAGACUCAAGCUGGGUCUUUGAUUGUAGCAGACGAGUGGUCUGGUACCAGCAAUGGAAUUCCGGGAACCUCCAACACUCAGCCUCAGCAGCAGGUUGUGCAAAGCUCGUCUUCUCACGGUCUUACACAAACUCCCUCUGGAGCAUCUGGAUUCAACUCGACCAAGCAGCCUCACGCCCAGCCACAACAACAAGCUUUUGACAGUCACCAAAGUACUAAAUUGCAGGGUGUUCAAGAUAUGUUGGCGAACCAACCAUCGAACACAGAAGGAGAUGGUUCAGAUUUGACUUUCUCUCAUAAUAGAGGUGUAAGUUCUUUCCUUUCUCCAGGUUUUCAAAGCGGAAACCAGCUACUCAGCUUCUCAGGCACGGAGAAGGGGAAGGGGCAAAAUCAGGAGUCAGGUUUUAUGGGAGGACAGAGUCAGAAUUUACAGUCUGGGCUGCUCCUGCAGCAGAAUCAUUCAGCAGCUGAUGGUCAGGAGCUCAACUACCACAGUUCAAGCAUUCCAAGUGGUACAGGACGGAUGGAAGAGCCGGACUUGUUGAAAGGAGUUCUUGAUAAUCUGCACAAAGGGAAUGCGCACAUAGGUGGUGUGCAAGGGCAGCUCGACGCCGCCACAAGCUCAUUGAUUCAGGGUCAAGAUGCGGGGAAUUUCGCUGCAAAACUCCACGGCGGUCAAGCAUCAAACCAACAGCUCAGUUAUAGAGGGCAGUUGUUGUCCCCUCAGUCCAGUUUGCAUGGACAACAACCUUCAAACCUGCAACCUCACCGAACUCUUGGAGGUCAGGGACAAGGUGGCCUCUAUCAGUCUCAACUUCGAAACCAGUCUCCACAGGCUAAUGGUCAGCAGAUAAAUUAUCACAGACUUUUGAACACUGCCAGUCACUUAUCUUCACUAUCAGGACUGUCAAAUGCCCAGGCAAUUCUUCAUGCUCAAGCGGGUGGAAGUCACCUUAGCCAGUACCAAAAUCAGGCUCACGGUGUGAACCAGCAGUUGUCUUUCAAUCAGCAAUCAUUGCAGCAGUCAAGACAACCGCAACCUGGAAAUCAACAACUGUUUCAUACAGUUCCUACGUACCAAACUGGACAACAACAAAAUUUCCAGUUACAAUCCGGUGCAGCCAAUCCCAGACCACAUGCCCAAAGAGCAUUGGCAGAGCAGAUUUUUGCUCAAAUGCAACCAAGGAUGCAAAGUCAAAUUUCACAGAAUAUGAAAGCUGGAAGCAGACAGUCAUUUCAAACGGCUCCGACAAUUCCUGGUGCUAAUGCAAGGGAAUUGACCGAUGGAAGUGUUAGAGGUUCAGUAAACAUCGCCUCAACAUGCAGCCAUGUUCUAAUGCAGUUCGUCCAAGAGCAGAGGAAACGUCCAGCUGACAACAACAUAGGCUUCUGGAAGAAACUUGUUCAUAAUUUCUUCGAACCAGGAGCAACCAAGAGGUGGUGUCUUACAAGCUACAAUUCACAGCCCGUCGGCAGACAUGCGCAAGGAUUGUUUCCAAUGGAAUAUUGGUUUUGCAAUCUCUGUCAAGUGCAGCCUGGUCGAGGAUUUGAGUCGACUAUGGACAUGCUGCCCAGGCUUUUAAAGAUACAGUAUGACAGCGGUUUGCUGGACGAGUUGCUCUUUCUGGAUGCCGCUGAAGAGAGAUGUGUCUACUCGCCCUCUGGCGUGAUGUGUCUGGAGUACCCAAAAGCAGUACACGAAGCUAUAUUUCCUGAGCUAAGGGUGGUUCGAUACGGGCGACUCCGGGUGAGCUUUAGUUCUUCGUUUAAGAUGAGGACAUGGGAAUUCUGCACCCAGAACCAUGAAGAAGUCGUUCCACGCAAGAAUCUCAUACAGCAAGCGCAUCAUCUUGCGAGCUUAGUCAACGAAUAUGAUGCGGAGGAUUUUGAUAAAUCAGCUGAAAACCUCACCAAGCACUGCAACUUAUUUACAGCUACGGCGAAACAACUAGCUGCAAAGCUUGAAGCACCAAUCAUCAAUGAUCUAGGAUUCUCCAAGCGAUAUGUCCGAUGCUUGCAGAUAGCAGAGGUCGUUAAUAGUAUGAAAGAUCUUAUGGACUAUGAAUGGAAGCUUAAGUGCGGCGCAAUAGCGAGCCUUGCCACAUUUCCGAGUACCUCCAAAUUGAGGAUGGAAUCUGUUAUCACAGGGUUGCCUACCUUGUCUCAGGUCAUCGAUCACAUUACACAAUGCUCAUACAGUGGAGGUCCUUCACCAAGGCAGCAAUCGUCAACUCUGAGCAGUCCUCAAAUGUUCACCAAUGUUCAAAACCAAGGCUCUACUGCGAUCAGCUCUUCGUCGCCUUUGUCUCGCAUCUGGGACCCGUCUGUGUCAAAGUUGUCUUCACCUUCUCCACGCGCGCAAAUGGAUUCUCGGAGUGUAUUCAAUCAGAUGCAACCGCCUACGAGUCAAUUCAAUCCUCUCGGAAGUUCUCAGGUUCAUCUCGGCAAUGUCACUGGCAACUCACAUGGGACAUCUCAGUUCCAGUAUCCAAGUUCGUCCCAUCUUUCCCAGAUGCAAGGGCAACUGCCGUCUUCACCCUCUGGACAAGGUCAUCAGUCCCAAGGUUUGUAUCAGGCUCAGCUGUACCAGCAACUUUUGGCGAAGCAGCAAAUGAGCCAACAGCCCGGUCAAAUUCUGUCGCAGUCGCAGUCUUUGAAUCAGACAGGACAACAGAGCCUGCCUGGAACUCCUCAAAGCGAAAUGAGCGAUAUGCGCUCAUGAGUGAUGAGCAGAUGUUUCCUUGAGCGACGACUUGAAAGCAGUACGGUCAUUGGACAUCAACAGAAUACUGUGAGCGAGACCUUACAUCAGUUUCUUGAACGAACUAUUAGCGACCGGAUCGAGAUGGUAAUAUACGUCAACUUGGAGCCCUGCUUUUCAAUUACAAUGAAGAAGAAGAUGCAUGUCCCCUGUGGAUGGGGUCAUCCACCCAGGUCCCUCAACGGGACCUACGUACCAAGCAUGAGAUGGAUGAAGGGUUGAUCUAGCACAAAGACGAAAUUUGCAAUUGCCCUCCUCACUCCUGAGCCUUGUAUAAUAGAUGUCGAUACUCGUAGGAUUAGUUUGCUUCGGUUGUAAACCCUGUUUUCGUUGAGUUACUGGUUCUUGGGCGUGUCGAAUUCAUGCCAGUUUUGCAGACAGAUAGGUUUUGGUAACAGGGUCAGUUUCGCAUCAGACUCAAUCCUGCUCUAUCAGUGGGACGGUAGAGGGGGUCCGAUAGACAUUUUCCCAUUAGAGUUGGAUUCAGGAGUGUCGUUCCCUCUUUCUGACAGGGAGUGAUAAUUUUGGACAAAUAAUCAGACUUUUUCACAGUCGCCUGAAUCCCCUACAAAGUGAUAUAGACCGAAAUAAAGUCUUGAAUUG